AUGUCGUCACAUCUUAGCAACGAUGAGUUCUUCACCAAAUUGGUGUCUCUUCUUGAGACGCGCCAGCAAAAAGGUCACGGCAGCAUCUGGCUGACACAGAAGCGACUGACUUUCGACGAAUCCUCUGCCUCCAAACCUACUGAUUCUCCUCUUGCCGAUCUGGAACCACCAUCAGCACCUCUACCUAUUGUCGUUCGCGCGACAGACGGCAACUCGCAAAACAAGGAUCGCAAAAAGUCAGACAAGGUCAAGCUCAGCACAGUUGUACAACCCGAUGAUCUGGAGGCCUUCUAUACUCGCUACGCAGAAGUCUGCAAACAGGGCAUGCAAGCAUUGAAGAAGAGAGACCGCAGCAAGAGAAAGAAGCAAAAGCAGGGCAAGAAGAAGGCUCAAGAGGACAAGAAAUGA